UCCACCGUGGAAGCUUCUCUCCGUGUCCAUCUGGUCGCGCCUCUGCAUCCGACUCGGCCACGAUCGCGCCAAAACCGAGUCGAUCUUCGUCGACGCGUCGAAUAAUCCCUUUCUUCCGUGAAUUUCUCCGGAAAAUUGCAAUUCUUCCGUCUCCGGCCUGCGGGACAACAGGUCUCGAUGCGUGGACCAAAGUGUGACAUGUGAACGAGGAUGUGGAUGAUUCUGUUUACUCCGUUUUAUCUGUGCAUCGACGAAUUCGGAGAGUAAAUCAGCGACUGCGAGCAGGUGCGGAGAAACCAUGCGGAGGUGUUUGCUUCUGGUUCUUUGUGCCGCAGGCAUAUCCGCUGUAGUGGUACAGCCCUACAAUGACAGAAUUAAUCCAACUGCCACGAAUAAGCCUAGACUCGGUCGACAAAAUGGAGGCAUAAAGCGGUACGCCUGUCCCAUAGGAUUCUUCCGAUUGAAGAGAUAUUGCUAUUACUUAAGCGGAGGUACCGCACCAUGGAGAGAAGCCCAUUUUCACUGCAAAGAUCGGAACGCCACUUUGGCGAUCCUCGACAGGAACGGAAAGGACCGAAUGCUGAGGAAAUACUUGUCGAGCGAUCAAUUCACGAAAUUAGAAAGAUGGAUUGGCGGAAUAUUCAACUGGCAGCAGAUGGCUUGGGAAUGGGGCGUGACCGGCGAGAAAGUAGUGUUCCAAAAUUUCGGUGUGCCUCAAACAAACCACUCGAAACAACAAUAUGCGUGGCACUGCAUCACGAUCAAUCCGACGAUGAAGUAUAAAUGGAGCCCGCAAAGUUGCGUCGAACGAAAACACUACGUGUGCGAGGUACCAGCUGGACGUAUGGUCAGAAGACGUAAAAAGACGACGGAUCCGUACGCGCCGCAAAACCAAAGACUAAGGCCCCGGAAGAAGGGCAGAAAAUACCCAAAAGAAACGCGAAGGCAAAACAAACAGAAUAUAGAACGAUCUCCGUGGAAAUGGAAAAUCGCGGAACAAAAUACGGACAAUUAUUGGGUAAACGGUGUUAAUUUGGGUUCAAGGCCACCACCCAACGUUAAAAGAAUGUAUCGAAAGACUCGAAUGCGACAUCACUCGAACAGAACUCAAGCGAACUACCCGCGAACGGCGCAACACUUGCUUCGAGGACGAGAAAACGAUGCACUUCUAGGCGACAAUCCCAGUAACGGUCCACAAAGUCUGACAGACAUGAGCGAUGUCUACCCUCAAGUCCCUGGCAAAAUCAACAGCCUGGCGAGCGAAGAAGUUCUGCUAAAGCCAUAAACGCUAUUUAUUUUAACUCUUUAUUUGGUAGCUUUAAACAUCAUCGACCAUCAUCUCCUUAAGAAGCCAAUUCUCUCUUGUCUAUCUAUCUUCUUCCUACGUUUCACGUCUGUUUAUGAAUUCGCCGCGUAAUCACUGUUUUCAUUCGACCAAGUAAAGAGUUAUCGUUCUCGUUGCGUAUCGAUUUUGUGAAAAAUAAAGUCGUUCAAAUGCCACAGAAGUCAUGCACCGACUGAGAUUAUUUAUUCACUUUAGAUCGGCGAAACAAGGUCUUCGCAUGUUCCUCUCUCUAAAUAGACGUUAGACUCUCGAAGAUGUAUUUGUCUAGUUAGUAACGUUACCUCGAAUCGGUAAUAAUAAUAACUUCAAUGUUCGUGUAUCACGAUUAUUAUUCGAGUUUCAUUUUCUCUCCCCUUUUUUAAUUUAAUUACACGUGCAUGAAGCGCGAAUGUUUCAUUUGCGGAUUGUACUCUUCAAUGCUAAUUUUCGCUUGCCGCUGAGUAUCACCGCACUCGUACGAAGGCAUUCAUACGAAGAAAUAUGUAACAGAUUGCGAAAUUAUAGGUAAAAAGUAAAAUAUUUUGCAAAUAUUUUUAAUAUGUUU